AUGUCGCAGACCGUUGGGAAGACCCGUCUUGCCUACUCCCGAGUAUGGCACCACGUUGACGUCGGCACAGACGGCCGCAGUCUCGGUCGCCUUGCCUCCUCGAUCGCCCUCAUCCUUAUGGGCAAGAACAAGCCAAUCUAUGAUCCGUCCACGGACUGCGGCGACUACGUUGUCGCCGUCGGCUGCCACGACCUCCGCACAACCGGCAAGAAGCGGUUCCAGAAGCAGUACUAUACGCACACCACUCGUCCCGGUAGUCUGCGCAGCAUGACAAUGGACAAGAUGUUUGAGAAGUGGGGUGGAGGUGAGGUUCUGCGACGUGCCGUGAGGGGGAUGUUGCCGAAGAACCGGCUGCGGGACAAGCGAUUGGCGAGGCUCAAGACAUUCGAGGGUCUUGACCACCCGUAUAAGGACAAUAUCGUCCGUAUUGGGACUCCCUCGAAGAUUGGAGAGAUCCCGGAAGUGAAGGCGGCUUUCCAGGAGGCCAAGGUCUCGCAGUAA